AUGACGCCGUUGCGUUUGCCCAGAACGUGGAUGAGGCUAGCGGUCCCCGGGAAGCAGCUCUCCCUCACACGGUGGUUUUACGGAGCUGUAGACGGAGGCAGCGUCCCACCGGAGCUGGCGUCAGCUGUUUCUCCUGGUAGGUCUGUGUGGACGAGCGGUGAACUGGAGCCUGUAGCCUCACAUCACAAAACCCACCGGAUCACAUCCUUUAUUUCUUCCCCUGUGUGGCCGGCGGAGAGCCCACCUUUGACUCUGGAGCAGGACACGGAGGAAAGUGUGGCCAUGACGGGAGGGACGGCAGCGACCCUUCCCAUGAGCAACCACACCCGAGAGAGGGUGACUGUGGCCAAGCUGACACUGGAAAACUUCUACAGCACUCUGCUCACCCAGCACGAGGAGCGUGAGAUGAGGCAAAAAAAGUUGGAGAAGGCAAUGGAAGAUGAAGGUUUACCAGACGAUGAGAAAGUAAUGCGGCGCUCGCAGCACGCCCGUAAGGAGACCGAGUUUUUGCGACUGAAGAGGACGCGACUGGGCUUGGACGACUUUGAGUCCCUUAAAGUUAUCGGAAGAGGUGCUUUUGGAGAGGUGCGCUUGGUGCAGAAAAAAGACACGGGCCACAUCUACGCCAUGAAGAUUUUGAGAAAGGCAGACAUGCUGGAGAAGGAACAGGUUGCUCAUAUCCGAGCAGAGAGGGACAUUCUCGUGGAGGCAGACGGCGCCUGGGUGGUCAAGAUGUUCUACAGCUUCCAGGACAAGAGGAACCUCUACCUCAUCAUGGAGUUCCUGCCUGGAGGCGACAUGAUGACCCUGCUAAUGAAGAAGGACACUCUGUCAGAAGAAGCCACGCAGUUCUAUAUCGCAGAGACGGUUUUAGCCAUCGACUCUAUCCACCAGCUGGGCUUCAUCCACCGGGACAUCAAACCUGACAACCUGCUGCUGGACUCCAGGGGACACGUGAAGCUGUCAGAUUUCGGCCUGUGUACGGGACUGAAAAAAGCUCAUCGCACAGAGUUUUACAGGAACCUGACCCACAACCCACCCAGUGAUUUCUCCUUUCAAAAUAUGAACUCCAAGAGGAAAGCAGAGACAUGGAAGAAGAAUCGCAGGCAGCUGGCUUAUUCCACUGUGGGUACGCCGGACUACAUUGCUCCUGAAGUCUUCCUGCAGACGGGAUACAACAAACUGUGUGACUGGUGGUCUCUGGGUGUCAUCAUGUAUGAAAUGCUCAUUGGUUAUCCACCCUUCUGCUCGGAGACGCCGCAGGAGACGUACAGGAAGGUGAUGAACUGGAAGGAAACACUUGUCUUCCCACCUGAAGUCCCCAUCUCAGAGAGGGCCAAAGACUUGAUAUUAAGGUAUUGCACUGACAAUGAGAACAGGGUUGGAGCUGUGAGUGUGGAAGAGAUCAAGAGUCAUCAGUUCUUUGAGUCAGUGGACUGGGAGCACAUCAGGGAGCGGCCGGCAGCCAUCUCCAUCGAAAUCAAGAGUAUUGAUGACACCUCUAACUUCGAUGAAUUCCCUGAAUCAGACAUCCUUCAGCCAGCCAAUUCGACUGAGCCAGACUUCAAGUCCAAGGACUGGGUGUUCCUCAACUACACGUACAAGCGCUUUGAGGGUCUGACUCAGCGAGGCACCAUCCCCACAUACAUGAAGGCAGGGAAGGCCUGAUGCGCUCAAACAGGGAGAGGCCGUCGUGGAGGAAAUAACAACAAAAAAACAGACGUUUAUACGGACACAGGGUCGGGCCCUGGUGCCCCGCUGGUGCUGAAGGCUGCGCUGACAGCCUCUCAGUCUAAAUUUAACCAUCACAAUUUAUUAGGUCUGCUCAGCCGCCGCAAGAACUCCUAAAAGCAUUACCGCAUUACCUCGGUUGUUUAUACUGUAUACCUGUGCUGUCUCUAGCCAUAGCUCUCAGGCCACCUCACCAACUAGGACACUAAAUCAGCAUAUCUGCAUGUUCAGCGGCACAUUGCUUCUGGAGAGAUUUGGUUCACUGCCUAAAAGCAUUAAAACGGCGGCGCUGGGAGUGAGGCUCGAAUACAAAUCACUGCUUCGACAUCUUUGCAUCAUUACCUCUCAGCACUGAUGGCUAAACUGGCUCUGAUGCAACAAUUUCUUUGAUGCUGAGAACAUGCUCUAUACACUGUAGUCAAACUCUGGAUUAUUGGUAUGAACAGGAACCCCUCUCUCGUCCUCACCCUAACUCUGUUCAUUGAGUUGAUGGAAAGUUCCAGCAUGAUUUCUGGUGUUUUUAUUUCUGCUUCAGUUCACAAAAGCUUAAGGUGUGAAAACUUCCCACUGAAGUUUAUUUUUAGCCCAGAGAAAUGUCUUGUUUUGGUUUGGUGGCUUGAUUAGUUCUACAUCAAUACUACUAAGGGAAUGAUAAAGGUUAGUUAGGGUUAGGGAUAGUAAAGGUUUGAUGAAAAAGACCAUUCCACUUGGAGCUCCUUAUGCAUAACCCUUCAUGGCCUGUUUAAAUAUAUUGGGGCAGGGAGAAACAAUUAUUAGGUAAUGGAACAUCUUAAAUUUCUAAAGCCAUUAAGGCAGUAGGGUUAGGGUUAGGCAUUUAGUUGGGAUGUUUAAGGUUAGGGUAAGGGCCUAGGUCUGUGUGUUUGUGUUAACCUAACCUUGAUUAAGGUUUUUUUUGGAAAUGCACCCCAAUGUUGGUUGCCACCCACCAAUUAACACUAAAGAAGAAGUUUAGUGGUAAGAUGUGAAUUGCUGUUAAGUUAAGGUUAGGGUCAGGGUCAGGCAUGAAUUGGUCAUGGCUAAGGUUACUGGUAAGGUUUAGCUUAGGCCUGGAAGUCAAUGCAAAGUCCUAAUUAGGAUAGCUGCUCAAACCUCUGUGUGUGCGUCAUCAUUGCAAUAUGGGGUCAUAGAGACACCUACUUUAACAGGAGCCAUCACUGAGGUGGCUGUGUGUGAUCUGGCAGCUGUUUGCACGUGGGUCUCUUCUGUGGACAGGUUUUGCUACCAUGACUAAGCAAGUUAUAUAAAACCUAACAUGUGUGUGGUUAAAAUCAGAAGGCAGUCAGAACACAGGCGUGGUUCUACCCAUGUGAGGGGCAGUAAUGCUGUAAUGACGACAGGUCUGAACGUCAACAUGUUGACAUGCUUUGCAGUUAUAUAAAGGUAUAAUAAUACAGAGGAUGUUAUGUUUUCGUCUGCGUUCGUAAGUCUGUCUGUCGGUGAGUUAGCAAGACUACGCAAAAACUACUAAAUUACCGCAGAAGUUGAUGGAAGAAUCCAUUGAAAGAAUCCGUAACAUUUUGGUGCAGAUGAUGGAAUUUGUUUUUCACUUUCUUUCACAUUGUGAGAUUGGGUGUUUUGCAACCCGUUCGCUCAUUUCUCAAACGAUAACUCAUGAAUCAUAAUGUGGAAAAAGAGUCAGGUAGAUUUAGGGUUAUAUCUAUGAGUUUGUGCCACUCCUUCACAGUAUUGGAUGAGGUUCAGAUUAAAGCGUUGGUGCUUUUUUUGUACCAACUGAAAGCUUUUAUAAACAUGAUUGGAAAGGCUUUAAGAUAUAAAACAAACAAGUGAAGAGUCAAAUCAUGCUGGAAUCGUCCUGUUGCCCGUCACACGGUGCCAAACAAACUGUGCUUGAGUGUCUCUUCCCUUCAGAGCCCAUUGUUUGGUUCAGAUUAGUGCUACAGUAAUAGAUGUCUCCCCUGCUUGGGAUUCCAAUGAGUCCGACAGCCAAUCGCUUCCUUCUUAGACGGACAAAAUAUGCAAAGUGCCUUUAGAUAUUUAACCAGAUCUGUUAGAGGGUUCAUCCGAAAUUAAUCAGAAGGACGUUAAUAACAAUUAAGAAUUAGUUGUAAAGGUCAAUGAGGGAGAGGAAUAUCAUAAGGAAAAGAAUAGAAACACAGGGAAAUUAUUCUAAAUGUGCAAAUUCAGCUUUUUAAAUGUGCGUGUGAGAAACAUUAUUUGAGUGAUAAAACAUAGGCAGUUUAGAAAAAGCUUGGUUCUAUAAGUUAGAUAGGGGAUGGUAAAAAACGUCAAAGCAAACACUUUAAAAGAAAGUGUCUUUGUUUGGAAAGUAAGGAGAAAGAUAAUAAGAACAGAUUAAUGUCAUGGAAAUCUACACAUGUAUGAUAAAUGUUUCCUUCCGUUGAGGUUUAAUUUUCAUAGUUGAUAAUGAAUUAAGUUUCCAUUUGCUGUAUUUAAUUUGUUUUUCUUUCCCUUAGAAAAAAAGCCUCAAUUACAUCUAACGCAAGGCCUCGCUUUGUCAACGAUAAAAAAUCAUCAUCACGUCUGCUAAACGUAGUAACCAAAGAACUGUGAUCGCCACACGUCGUGAUCUGAACACACAAGCUCAGAUGUAGCUGUCGCUUGCUGCACUCAACUUCAAACUACCUUUUAGACAAACAAGAAAAAAGAAAAUCGCUAGAGAGCUAACCCAAUUGGGUCCUGGAAUAAUUUGCCAUUUUGGUUCCGACACAGAAAGUGAGUGUGCGGGGACAGGACGUUUCUCAGUUCCGUGUGUUCAGUGUCAAGAAAAGCUCUAAAUGUCCAUGCAGGGACAGGAAGUUCGCUGAAGACUUAACCACGUUGAACUAAGCUGUAGCCAUCACAAGAAUCCCACAUUAACAGUCUGUGGUGUGAUUUGAGAGGAAUUGAAAGAACUAAGUCGUUCAUCAGUUGGAAAAUGUUAGUGUUGUGUUAUAUUAAACCUACACCAGCC